UAAAACUGACUAAGCUGACAGAAAGCGACUGCUCACUGACGACGUCCUUUAUCAGGGUCAUAAAUCAGGAUGUCGGUGCAGUUCUCUGGCUGGGAGGCGGUUGACGACGGUGCUUCGUUUCCUGGCGUGGAGCUGGAGGCGUCCCAGAAACCACAAAACCAGGGCGUCUACACCAUGUACCACGGCACCGAUAUCGCCAGUGCGAGGCUCAUCCUUGCCAACGGUUUUAAACUGUCGUCAGCGGGCAUGCUGGGAAAGGGCGUGUACGUCAGCCGCGAUAAGAAGAAGGCGGCUCAUUACCCGUUAAACAGUAACAACGCGGACCGCGUGAUCUUUGAGUUGUCUGUGCGCGUCGGCCGCGUCAAGCGCAUCAACCAGGACAACCAUCCCAUGCAGUACACCUGGCACACGCACGGCUACGACACGGCCUGGGUGCCGCCCAACUGCGGCCUCAAGGCGGUGCGCAGCGGCCUGGAGGAGGAUUGUGUGUUCGACCCCAAGAGAGUGAAGGUGGUGAGCAUCGCCAAGGCACCGAACCACAUCGUACAGAAAGAGCUUCAACAGCUUCUUUUGAAAAACAGAAAACCAGGAGGAGGGGGCGACGGCGCUGCACAGGUGUGCUCAGUGUGUAAGAGGAAGACCCAGCAGGGUGCUCCACACAUCCAGCAGCAGUGCUGGGAGUGCGGGCAAAACAUCUGCAUCCUCAUGGCCAAGCACGUCUGUCCGGCCAAACCGAGGCGCAGCGAGCUGGAUAUGUCGCUGCAGUUCCUCGGCUGGGAGGUGACCUACGACGACGACUCUCCUCGGGCGGAGCUGGGGUCGUCUCAGGAGCCCAAAGACAGCGGCCUCACCAUGUACCACGGGACCAGCGUCGCCAACGCGCGGCUCAUCGUUGCCGACGGCUUUCGGCAGUCGCCGGGUGGCAUGUUGGGAAAGGGCGUGUAUGUCACUCGUGAUAAGAAUAAAGCAGAGCGCUAUCCAUUGAAGUUGGACUCUUCGGACCGCGUGGUCUUGGAGUUGCGCGUGCGCGUCGGCCGCGUCAAGCGCAUCGACAAGGACAACCAUCCCAUGCAGUACACCUGGAGCACGCAGGGCUACGACACGGCCUGGGUGCCCCCCAACUGCGGCAUGGUGGCCGUGCCCAGUGGCCUAGAGGAGGACUGCGUGUUUGACCCUAAAAACGUGAAGGUCGUGGGCAUCGCGAAGGCGCCAGACGCCGUACUGAGCGAGCUUCAGCAGCUCGUAGCUCCAAGAGAUCCUGGAGGAGACGGCGACGCGGACGCGUGUUCGCUGUGCAGGAGGAGGACGCGGCAGGGCGCUCCACACGUCACACAGCCGUGUUGGGGCUGCGGGCAAAACAUCUGCACACUCAUGACCAAGCACGUCUGCCGUGUCGCCGUCUGAGAACGGAGUACCUGAAGCACGGCGGUGUUGAGAAACAGAUGGAGGGAGGAUCCACGCCUCGACGGCCUUCUAGAGGUGGGAGAGGACUUGAUUUAGAAGUAAAGCUCAAGUUGAUCAGAGUAUUCAGAGCUCAGGGUGUAAUCAUACUUUUGAAACUAUUAUCACGUUCAUCUCGUCCUUCUAUUACUUUAUUUUCCUUUUCACAAAUCAACUAUCAAUAAUUAACGAAUACAAUAGUUAGGCUACUAUGAGUAACUUUCUAUCUCGUGCUUUUACUUGCAAUGAUCUACUUUGUACUCCAUUCUUGUUGUGGACGAUCAAUAUGCGUUAUGAUGCAAUCAAACUGAAACAAUAUUGCUUUAUUGCUCAAGAUGCCUUUAUUUCAGCCUGAAUAUGGACAUUGGAUACUUUAUGUGAAUGAUUUUGAUUUUUUGAAUUCAUUUAAUUUCCUUUAACCUGUAUAAGGCAAACCCAAUAAUGAUCUAACCUUAAUAAACAUCAAGAUACGAGA